AUGUGGCUAAGCACUGUAUUCCUAUUCGUAACUGGUCUUCUUGCCACUUCGGUUGCUGCUUACCGCUCCGACUGGACCAACAUUACCUGCCAAGGGCUUCACGGACCUCACUGUGGAACAUAUUUGCUGAAAGUCAAGGACCAAAAUGACACCUACAUCGGCCAAAGCUAUUUUGUUGGUGCCGAUGCCCUUGCCAGCGAUGCCACCGAGGCAUGGGGCAGAUUCCUCGGCGAAGAGUACCGUUUCAUUCCUAGACUAACCACCGUUCAGACCUUGAACGAUACCGCCAACUUCCGUCCGCUAGUGGGCACCACCGAUAAGGAGACUUGUAACUUUGUCGCUAUUGAAAAUGCCGUUGUUCCCUACAUCAACACUGUUACCAAUGAGCUUUCUUAUGAUAGCUGGACUUCUGUCAGUAUGAACGCGACCGCUGCCAAAGGUGUUGCUCCUCAGCUAUUGCAAGCUUCGACUUACGGCAUCCAAGUUGCCAUUUGCAGCCCUGGUUUCCUAACCGAGCUAUUCCAAUCUCCAACCGUCAAUCUAUUCAAUGUCGAAGACAUCUUGCCACCUUGGUGUGAGGCCAUUGAAAUUGAAGCAGUCUGCCCUGGCGCCGUCAAUUACCAAACUCGUUGA